AUGGACGGAGGCUGCUACACCGAAGACAGCGAUGGCUAUGCAGGAAAGCAAAAAGCACAACUUAACCGGGAAAUUCAGCUUCUCCUACCAGCUCUUCGACAAUACCACACAGCCAAAUCGACAUCCACAACCGUCGCCAUGGCCAAAUCCAAGAACUCGUCCCAGCACAACCAGUCGAAGAAGAACCACCGAAACGGUAUCAAGAAGCCCAAGACUCACCGUUACCCCUCGCUCAAGGGAACCGACCCCAAGUUCAGGAGGAACCACAGACAUGCUCUUCACGGAACCAUGCGCGCUCUGAAGGAGGUCAAGGAGGGCAAGCGCGACUCGGCAUAAAGGACGAAACGAUUACGAGCGAGCGACGAUGGCGGUUUUCGAUUCCUUUAUGAGACAUUUGGUCGGCGUCAAUGGCAUUCGGACUUUUUAUGAACAGCUUCGAGCUCAAGGGAUAGAAGCAAGCCGCUACACGCCUACCGCAGGCAUGUAACGUGGCAAUGAAUAAGUCGAAAAGUCAGUUCGGUCCACCAGCGCGACUGUUCAUGUGAUGUUUUGCAUCGAUCAACCGUUCGAAACCAGGUAUCCAGGUAAGUCAGCAAGUGAAGGAGGUGCAAACCUCCAACCAGCCAUUAGUGUGUACAGCAACAGAGCUCUUCCAUGCUCGACCUGCUGAAGGAAAAUCUAUCGUGGCAAGAUCAACUACCCCAUCAUUACCAAACACACAGCCUUUUACCCCGUAGGGCAAGUGUGCAUGAAGAUGGGACUACAUACCAGUCAUCAACCAGAGGGCUUUGAGACUACUUUUGUUACUCCUCGAGAGGUCCUGAGAUACCGGACCGCGAGGCAGCAUGCAAGUGUUUAGCAAUACAAUAAAGUGCAUAUUUC